GUAUCUACUAUAAUAUACAUUUAUGAUUAAAGUAGAACUCUAGUUGAAUUAUGAAGAACGUUUCUCGAAGAUUCUAAUUCGUUAUACAACAAAAUUGUAAAAAAUCAGUGCAUAUUUGUGGUAACCCUGUAUAGACGAUCGGUAGCAGCUAGCAGCUGGCAGUUACAACGAUGUCUGUUGUGGAGAAAAUACAGCAUUGUCAGCGAAAUAUUAAAAAAUGUUGCGAUAACGAAGAAAAGAUGCUGCAUUAUAUUCAAAGACUAUAUACGUUACCAGUAACAGUACAACAUCUUCAGGAUACAGGAGUUGGCCGUACUGUUAAUGCUUUAAGAAAAUAUGAAGGUGGUGUAGGAGAUGCUGCUAAAGCUUUAGUAGCAAAGUGGAAAGCUAUGGUUGCAAAUGAGGACACUAGUGAUGGUGAAGACGAAGAUGAAGCUUGUGUUCCUGAUGCUCCUGAAAGUUAUGAUAGUCCAGAAUCCCCAAAACUAAAGGAAAAACAAAAAGCUGAUAGCACAGUGAAAAUAUCAAGACACAAAAGUGAUAGUUCAAAGCAUAAACAUCAACAAAAAUCAGAAAAAAAUGAUGUAUCAGAGCAUAAUUCGAAACAUUCUAGUAAAUCAGAAACGAAAGUAAAAUCUUCUGAAAAUGAAUCUAAUAUAACUAAGGAAUCAUCAAAAAGUUUAAAAAAUGAAUCGCAAAAAGAAAAACACGAUAAAAGUCAUAGUUCUAAGCAUGAGUCAAAACAAGAAAAACGAUUUAAUUCCAAUGAUGUAAAGAGUAGCAGUUCUACGCAUUUAAAAAAAUCUACUGAUAAAUUAUCGCAUAAUAGUAAAUUAGACAGUACUAUAGAUGAUAAUGAAGAAUGUAACAAAAAAAGAAAAUUAGAUAGUUCCAACAGUGGGAAAAAGAAAAGUAAACGAAGGAGACAUUCUGAAAAUGAAAGUGAUGAAGAUAGAACUAUUUCUUAUAACGCAGAAAAACAAAAUACUGGUGAAUUUGAAACUGAGUUAAAUAAGAAAACAGAUGUUCUAUCGAAGCAGGAUGUUUUAAACAAAAUUGAAUCUAAAAAUGAAAAAAGUAAAUCUCGUGAGAAAGGAAAGCAAAGUUCUAGUAAAGAGGAAAAAAUACAUGAUGACAAAAAUAAAAAGAAAUCAGACGAAAAUAGAGAAAAACAGAAAACAAAGGACAAUCAUCAUUCUAGUAAAAGUUCUACAUCCAAAAGUCAUCAUAGUUCUAAUAAUAAAGAUCAUGCUAAAGAUAAAGAUAAAACUAAAAGAAAAGAAAACGAAGAAAGAAAGCAUAAGCAUCAGAAUAAAAAUAGCUCUGAUGCAAAAGAAACCAAAUCUGGUUCUAAGGAAUCAAAGGAAAAAGUUAAAAUCAAACAAGAAAUCAAACAAGAAAUCAAUGGGGAUGAAGGAAUUGACUGUAACUCUGGUGCAAGUUUUGCAGAAGCUCUUGGAAUGUGUACGGUUGCACCAUCAUCAAGAAAACGUCAUAAUAACUCUCCCAAUUUAAAUAAUGCAAAAGUUAUUAAGUUAGAAACAAAUAUAUCAUCUACAUUAAACAACAAAAAGCAAUCUUCUGUGAAAAACGAGGCUACAAGUAGUGACAGUUUACAUCCAUUGCCCCUUUUAUCGCCAAAUGUAAAAUUAGAACCAUUAAGUGUGAACCUGGCAUCUACAUUACCUGAAAUAAGUCCUAAUUAUAAACCACUGCCAUACAUUAAUCCUGUACAUCGUAAAGAAGAAGAUAAGGUUCUCACUGAUGUUAUUCAUGUUAAAAACCAAAGGACUAAAGUAUAUUCUGGAAAUAAAACUGGUUAUACAAGUGUACCUUCUCUAUAUGAAAUUUGCAUAAGAGUAUUGAUAGAAAAUAUUGAUGCACUUGAAUUUACUGGUGGUGUUCCAUAUGACAUAAUAAAGCCGGUCUUAGAACGAGCUACACCGGAUCAAUUAUUUAUGUUAGAACAUUACAAUCCUUAUCUAAUAGAUGAUACAGAUUCUUUAUGGCAAUUUCAUUGCAAUCGAGAAUUCAGAAAUAAACAAAGAGAAGAAAUGGAAACAUGGCGUGAAAUGUAUAUGCGUUGUUUGGAUGAGAGAGAGGCAAAACUUAAGACAUUAACAGCCAAUAUAAAGCAGUCUAUAGAUAAAACUGUACCAUUACGAUCAACUAAGCUUGCAUAUGUUGAUAAUGUUGUUAAGCCUCCUAGAAAUGUUUUAAAAAAACAAGCUAAAUAUGGUACAGCUAAUUCGGUUCCUACGUCUACAUCUGAUUUGAAAAAAAAAUUGAUUAUCGGCGGUGGACCUACUGCAGCAACUAAUAUAUCUGUACCACCACCUCCAAUGAAUCGAGUUAAACCAUCUUCGGCUAUGACAAAGAAAACAAAAGCACCCCUUAUGGCGAAAGCACUACAAUUAAUAAAAGGGCGUUACAAACGGUAGUUUGUAUAAACAUUUGUAGGUACAUUCUAACUAUAAUGUAUAGACAAUGUUUUCACUAUGUCAUAUUUUUUUUUUUUUUAAAUUAUGUCGUGAUAUAAGUAAUAUUCUUAUAUCUUGAAAAAAGAAAAAAAAAUAUGUUAUAAGAUUAUUUUACAUUUAUAUCUUGGUAAUAUUAAUUCUUAAUUUAUACAUAUAUAAAUAUAUAUAUAUAUGUAUGUAUCUUUUUAGAAGCAUCAGCAUUUAAGAGAAAUACUGGAAAAAAGAAAAAACAAAAACAGAAAGAAAUUUGUUAGAAAAUCAUUAACCUAUUUGGUUUUAUUAGUAAAAUGUUGAUUUGGGUGCAUAUAAUAAUGUGUGACUGUUGUUUUUACAAAUUUAUUUGCUUCCACAUUUUAGUAUGUUUUGUACUAAAUAUAAAUGUUUGUUUUGUGACAUUAUAUACACUAAAACGGAGACGUGCAAAUUUUUAGUUCCAAAAGAAAUAACUCUCCCAUUACUACUAUUUGUUUCCAUUCAAGCAUGCUUCUUCCAAUAAUUUAGAUGAGAAACAUAUAUGAAAAUCAAUCAUUUCUAUACGAACACAGUAGAAUCAUGGCUGUGAAAAUAUAAUUAUGAUAAAAGAAAAAAAAAAAUAUAUAUAAUAUAAGCCAAUUGGCUUAAUGAGCUAACUUUGUACGUCUCUGGACUAAAUUAUCUUAAAUAUGUGAUCAAAUUUUAAUUUACUAUUAGCUUUAAUAUUCAAAAUCCUAUGAACGAAAUGACAAAUGUGUUUGGAUAUGAUAUAAGUUAAUGUAAAAGAAUAAUUCUUAAGAAGUAUGUGGUCACAUUUUAAUGUUACAAUAUUUUAAUUUGAAUGCUUUAAUGUCUUAUUUAGUCUUAUUUAAAUGUGGAUUAACAUCAAUGUAUCAGUUUUUCAUUCAAUAUUCAAUUGAGUUGUAUCAACUUAAAAUUCCAAAGUUUUAUUUAAAUUGAAUAGAAUAAUUCAUUUAAAUUUGCUUAAUAUUAAGCGAUGAAUCGAAAUUUAAUAUUAGGGAUCAAAAAUCAUGUUAAAUGAGAUUUUCUUGACAUAUGUAUCUCCAAUAUUUGUAAAAUCAUUGUUUUGCAAUCAUAUAUAAAAUCAUUGCACCUGUUAUAGACUAUAUUUAAUUUUAAUAAACACGUAAAAAAGAAUAUUUCAGAUUGAGAAAAAAUACGAAUAGUUGCCACUCUAAUCAAACAUCAUACUAUUAUGGAACAUUGGAAAUUUAUAUUAAUAAUUAAUGAAAUGUUUGUGUUCCUACAAUUAAUUUUAAAGUUAUUACCUCUUGUAUAUAUAAUAUUAUUAUAAAAUUAAACUAUACAUCUCUUAAUAAUUUCAUUCAUAUCAUAAAAAAAUGGAUUGUAACAUCAUGCUCUAAUAUAUUUAAGUUAAUAAUUUUGUAGCAAAAAAAAACAUAUUUUAUAUACGCCAUGACAUCAUAAUUAUUUGUAAAAAGAUAAAUACAAUUACAUCAUGAAUCAAAAUACAAUAUAAUAUAGUUUGAAUCGAUUUAAUUAUGAUAUGUUUUUUACUGCAAUUCUGUUAAUUGAUAAAGCACUUCGAUAAAACAUAUGAUUAAUAUUUUAUUUUCUUAUAAGUAAGAGUGCAUACAUUCUGCAAAUUUGAUUCCAUGCUUAAAUUUUACAUAUAUGUAUUCUUAAAAUAUAUACAUGAAAAUUAAAUUGUCGAGAUUUUUGUAAAAUUAAUUACUAAUAUGAAAUAUUUCAUAUUAUUUUAUAUUUAAUAUUAACAUAAUAUAUUUCUUUUUUGUGUGAAUGUGAUAAAGCAUAAUGGUUGUUCAGGCAAAUUAAUAUUUCUAUAUAUUUGUAUAUAAAUCGUAUUAGUUAUUUUAGCAUUAUUAUUAUUAUAUACUUCAUAUUAUGUAUUUAUAUUAGAGAAUGUUUAGAAAAAAAUUACUCUCCUAUAAACUGAUGUAUGCAUCGAAAAUAUUGAAAUUCAAUCAAAUUUAAAUUCCACAUUCAAUUUACGUGGAAUAUAUCUCAUCGUGCGAACAUAAAUUCUUUCAACAAUAAACGUUAAUAAUUGUUUA